AUGAGCCUUCAGUAUCCACCCGUGGUCAUGGCCACUAUCCAGAGUGCUGCUCUUGGUGGCAUCGCCAAUAUCUUAGCUCAAGUUAUUACAGCCUACCGAGCUGGGACCGAUGUCGUGAUAGAUUGGGUUCCCGUGCAAGAUUUUCUUGAAUCGACCUUCCCAGCCCAUCCUGAUGAAUCUCCCAAGUCCAAGGAUCCCAAGGACACCAAGAGUGCCAAGAGUGCCAAGAUGGCACAGCCCAAGCUCUCAGUGCGCAACACACUCAUCAAGUUCGCGCUCGACCAGACUGUUGGCGCCGCUGUGAACACGCUCCUCUUUAGCACUUACGUCCACGCGCUUCGAUCUGCCAUCAAGGAUGUUCCUGUCAUCACCAGUCUUCCCAAAGCCAUUACUUACUGGACCUCUCCGCGCACCAUAGAUUUUAGCCGUGUCAACUGGUCUGUUGUCUGGGAGGCUGCCAAGUCUGAUUUUGCUCCUCUCAUCUACGCUGGCUGGAAGCUUUGGCCUGCCGUUAGCAUUGUCAACUUUGCUGCCAUCAAGACUGUUGAGGGACGUAACCUUGUGGGCGCUUUGGCUGGUGUUGCUUGGGGAAUUUAUAUGAGCUUGAUUGCCGCUCAGUAA